AUGAAAUAAAAAGGGCCAUUCGCAAACUCUAGAUAUUAAGAAGAUAGCCAUUUGACUUUUGGAUCAGAUUUUACAUUAAGCAAUAAUGCUGCUGAAUACGGAUCAGACAAUGAGAAAGGCAGCUUGCUGGACACUAAGAGAGUGUCAAGUAAUAAUCUAGAAUUCAAUGCAAAUUUGGAAGUUUUAGACUUGGAUAAAUCAGACAGUCGUGAUAUUGAUAUUUAAACAGAUCCAAGUAUUGAAGACUAUCUAGAGAAUGUGUGUGGCUUUGGAAGGUUUCAACUAAUAACUUUCUUUAUUUUGUACCUAGUUAUUCAACCUACUUGUUUCCUCCUUUACAGUAUUCCUUACUUGCAGUUAAUGCCAAGUUUCGAAUGCAAUUCUACUGGCGGGAGUGACAGCUAGGUUUCAGGAUAAUGGUAUUCUUGUAAAAGAGACGAAGCAUGUGAAAAUAAGGACUAAGGAAACUUUCGAUACAGAAUAGAGCAGUUUGGGGAUACAAGUUUACAAAAUUACGUAGUUAAUCUGGGAUUAGAAUGUGAUUCCCCUAAUAAAUUAAGAUUAAUUGGCUCUUUUUAUUUCAUUGGAGUGAUACUCUCAAUUAUAAUAUGGAUGAAGUAAAGCGAAUACUUCGGAAAGAAAUAACUUAUUCUUUAUGGUUCGUUCGUUCAGCUUAUGGCUUAUACUGGCAUCUUGUUUUUUUAGUUCGAUUUGACUGUAAUGUAUUUGUAUUAUUUAGGAUUAGGAAUGGGUUCAAUGCUAACUCUCUAUAACUCAUUUUUGUAUCUACAAGAUUUUACACCUAAAAAGUUCAAACUAGCGAUAGGAAAUCUGUUUUUAACUUUUUAAAUUCUUCCAAUGAUCUUCAUCUCAAUUUAUCUAGGACUAUUUUCUAGUAAUUCACAAAUACCACUAAUAGCUGGAUAUGUCCUAAGCAUAGCAGGAUUUGUACUUCUGAUACCUUUACCAGAAUCUCCAGUAUAUCUUUUCGGAAAAGACUAAUUUUAUGAUUGCUAAGAAUCGUUGAAUUAUGUAGCUACUUCUAAUAAUAGGUAGCCUUCAGUAGACUUUACUAGAUAAGAGGAGGAAAAGUCUAAUUCAAGUUUCUAGCGAAUAGAAAGUUCAUACAAAUCAAGCCAAAUGAAAUGGUUUGCUAGACAGUUAGUUCUCAAUAAUUAUAAUAGGAACUUUGUUAUCUUCGCUAUAUGCUGGAUAGUGGUUUCUUUUAACUACUACUUGAUACUAUUUCAUUUCUAGGAAUUCAAAGGCAGUGUAUAUUUAAAUGGCUUUUCAUCAGCUUUGGGUGAGAUAUUCGGCUAUUUAAUUGUUGGCAACUUCAUGGUGAGUUUUGGGACUAAAGAUACUAUUGGAUUAAGUUUCAUUGGAAUGAUCCUCUCAGCAAUCAUGUAUUUGUAUCCAGCACUUCAAAACAAAAUUUAUUACGCUGGAGCGAUAUUCAUAAUGAAAGCAUCUAUUAGUUGCGCCUUUUACUCAAUAUUUAUUGGAACAAACAAAUUUUUCAAGGAAGAGUUGACACCUACCAUUUUUUGCUUCUGCAACAUUGUAUCCAGAUUUUUUACAAUUCUAACUCCUCUUGUGGGAAACGGAGUUCAAGAUAGCAAUGAUAAGAACAGUUUUAUGUUUAUGUUCAUUUCACUUUCUUUCAUAGCAAUUGCAACAAUAACUUGUAUCAAUGAUAUUGAGAGUCGUAAGAAAUAAAAGAAAUCACAAAGAGGACUUCAGGGAUUUUCAAGCUCGGGAAGUGAUUCUAAAACAAAAGAAGUCUGA